AUGUCAAUCAUCACAAUACAACUUGGGCAGUGUGGUAACCAGGUUGGCCGUGAGGUGUUCCAGGCGAUCGCCACAGAUCUCCACAGCACGCAUGGACUGUGUUCCAAAAAGGAAAAUGAUGCCUACCAGGCAGCCUCCAAAGAGCGCUUUUUCAGCGAGGAGAAAACAGGAGUUCCAGCUGCUCGUGCAGUUCUUGUUGACAUGGAGCCAAAAGUGAUUGGACAGACUUUAUCAGUGGCCUUGAGGUCUGGCAGCUGGAAAUAUGACCAUCAAUCACACUUCUGUCAAAAGCAAGGUUCAGGCAACAACUGGGCAAAUGGUUACUGCAUCCACGGGCCCAAACACAAAGAAGCAAUCAUGAAUCUGGUGCAGAAGGAGGCUGAGAAAUGUGACCGGCUGAGUGGAUUCCUGACACUCCUGAGCAUGGCUGGUGGGACAGGGUCAGGCCUGGGAGCCUUUGUUAUUGUUCAAAACUACAACUCCGUCCUGACCCUCUCGCACCUGUACCAGACCUCAGAUGCGCUCCUUGUUCACGAGAAUGAUGCCAUCCACAAGAUCUGUGCUCAGCUCAUGAACAUCAAGCAGAUCUCUUUCCAGGAUGUCAAUCAAGUCAUUGCGCAUCAGCUAGGAAGCAUCUUCCAGCCAGCUUAUUCCUCUGACAGUGCCGUUCAGUACAGCAGAAGUCCCCUAGGAGACCUGAUGGAAGCUCUUGUUCCUCAUCCUGAGUUUAAAAUGUUGGGUCUCCGUAACAUUCCACAGAUGUCUGAAAACUCGCUCGCCUUCAGCACUUUUGCCUGGCCCGGACUCCUGAAACACCUGAGACAGAUGCUCAUCGCUAAUGCCAAAAUGGAAGAAGGCAUUGAUUGGCAGGUGCGACCACCGCUCCCUGGACUGCCUCUGCCCCAGAAACAGUCCCCGAACAGGACAGCUCAUUUCAACACUUCCAUUGCAAACUUGAUUACCCUGCGAGGAAAAGAUGUACAGACUGCAGAUUUGGGAGGUUUCAGAGACCCUGCCUUGUACACCUCGUGGCUAAGCGCUCAGGAGGCCUUGGCCAUCUGGAAGACCCCGAGAGCCUUUAACAAGUAUGAGAAGUCUGCGUCUUUGGUCAGCAACAGCCAGUGUUUACUGAAGCCCAUCGAUGCUGUAGUGUCAAAGGCCUGGAAAAUGUUUGCUUCCAAGGCUUAUGUUCAUCAGUACACCAAGUUUGGGAUAGAAGAGGAAGACUUUCUGGACUGUUUCUCCACUCUGGAACAGGUUAUCGCCAGCUACUCCAGCCUUUGAUGUUGGACCAGGGCGGGACAAGCAUGCAUGGGCUGUGCAAGUCUGAUGGCCCAUUAAGGGGGAAAGAUGGAGGAGGGAGCCUGACAUCCACAGCAGAACAGGCGUGUGCCUCGUAGAACCAACCAAGGAGCACGGCGAAGGGGAGCUAAGAUGGAAGUGUCUCACAGGCAACUUUUCCAUGACAGAUGGUGCUCUGCCAUGCUUCCUACAUAUCUGGGGAAGU